CAUAGGGCUGCGCUGCGCUCCUGCGUCUGUUGUGACUCGGAUGAAGGAAGGAAAAACUCCUGGUGAUGCAACUGAGGUCCACACUGUUAUAAAGAUGGCGUUUAUUAAAGAGGAGAAUGAAGACGUGAAAAUUGAAGAAGCAUUCAGAGUCAAACAUGAAGAUGCAGAGGAACAAAAAGACCUGAUGCCACUGAAAGAGGAGAGACAAAAACUAAAUGAAAUGGAAGAGAAGAAUCAGUAUGAGGAACUUCAUGAUUUCAUAACUGCAAAACAGUCCAUAAAGACUAAAAAGACUUCCUCACGAAAAAGAGCCCAGAAGACCAAAUCUAACGCCUGCCCUCAGUGUGGAAAAAGUUGCAGUCACACAGGGAACCUUAUAAGACAUAUGAGAGUUCACACUUUAGAGAAACCUUUCACAUGCCCACAGUGUGUUAAACAUUUCUCUCGAAAGUGGACCUUUAUAAAACACAUGAGAAUUCACACUGGAGAAAAGCCAUUCACAUGUGAUCAGUGUGGAAAGAGUUUCAGUCAAAGAGGGAACCUUAUAACCCACAAGAGAAUUCACACCGGAGAGAAACCUUUCUCAUGUCAACAGUGUGGAAAACAUUUCACUCAAAAGUGGACCUUUAUAAAACACAUGAGAAUUCACACGGGAGAAAAGCCAUUCACAUGUGAUCAGUGUGGACAGAGCUUCGCACUAAAAGAAACCCUACAUUUUCACAUGAGAAAUCACUUGGGAGAGAACGGCUAUAUUUGCCAUCAGUGUGGGAAAAAUUUCAUCCAUAAAAUAAGUUUCAAAACUCACAUGAGAGUUCACACUGGAGAGAAGCCUUACACAUGCUCUCAGUGUGGAAAGAGUUUUAGACAUAGACCAUCCCUUGAUUCCCACAUAAGAAUUCACACCGGAGAGAAACCUUACACCUGCAAACUGUGUGAGAAGAGCUUUACACGAAAAGGAUCUCUCAGUACUCACUUGGUCAUACACACUGGAGAGAAGCCGUUCACCUGUGAUCAGUGUGGAAAGAGUUUCGGACGUAAAGUAACCCUUAAUCAACAUGUGAAGAUUCACUCUAAGAGAGAACGGUUUUAGAUGUUGGCAGUAUGGAAUGAGUUUCAUAUAUAGGAAGAACCUUAAAGGGGUCAUCGGAUGCAAAGUUCAGAUUGAGGUGUUGUGUUGCUGGAUGUAAUAAUGAACAUAGUGGUCGUCAUUUACUCCUGACAUCUCAGCUGCUGAAUAUGCAGUGGAUUACAUUUGUUUGUAAAGGAACUGUGGCUCCCGAUCUACAUAUAUCCAUCUAUGUUCACAUGAAUCAUUCAUGAUCCAGCUUCACUUACAGCAGAAGUGAGUAUGAGGGGUUUUUUUAUAAAUCUUUGCAAUCAUCUUUCCUAAUAACGUGCUAGUUAGCAAGAUUAGUGGCUAAAUGCAGUUAAACAUGGCUAAAGUAAACAGGCUUGUCACUCCACAAAGAGAAGAGAGGGGUGGGGCGAGCAGAGCUCAUUAACAUUUAAAGCAACCUCGACCAGAACAGGGUGAUUUUUGCAGAACUGAUUUUGGCAAGGUAAAAAAUGUGUUAUUUACACUACCAUUGAGAAAUUUUAACCAAAGCAUGUUAAAGACUUAAGACUAAAGAAUAAUAUCAACUUGUGGAAAAUGGGCAUCCGAUGACCCCUUUAAGAAUCAUGCAAUAACUGUAGAGAAGUGUGCCAUAAGUAGCUACAUACGGCUAAUCUGAAUACACCUCAAUCAGUCUGACACUGACACAUUUAGUACUCGGUCUGGUAUUAGGCUGCUCUACUAAGUCUAAUCGCUGCAUGGUGCUGAAAAGGUCCUUCCUUUGGGGUAUUUGCCAGGGAAGGGCUGUUGUGAGGAGCAUCAGAUCAGAUAACCAGGUCCAGGUGGGCCAAGACCUGCUCCUUGUACUCCCCAAGCCUCCUACUCCCCAACCCAACUUGCACAGGGGCUGUGCAGAGAGGUUCACUGGAAAGGUGUACUUGCGCAGACCCUAACACCCUGGAACUCAGGCAGGUCUACCCGAAUUUUCCCAAAACAAUGCAACAUGAGAGUACAACCACCUUGAUGGUUGAUGUACACAACCAUCACAGUGUUGUCCAUCCGAACAAGCACAUGCUUGCCCUGAAGCAGCAGCCAGAACAUUAUAGUGCAAGCAGUACGUCUGGCUACUUGAGGUAAAUGAUACGCCAAUGCAGUCGAGGUCCUAUACAGAAGCCUGAGGCUGUGUGCCCGUUGUGUACAGAGCCACAGCCCAAUCUGUGACAACAAUCUUUUGUGACACUUGCUCUAAGGGCACUCCUGUCAAUAGAAAAUGUGAGCCAAACCAAAGUUUAUUUGCUUCAAGAACAGUGACGUUACGAGCUCUCUAAUGAGAAAUUUCAUAUAGCUUUUAAGUUUUUUGAGAAAAUCAUCAGAGCAGAGCUGAAAACAAAUUUCUGUGAGUGUAUGCGUGUGUACUGCAUGUGUUUAUAUGAGAAAGAGAGCGAGUGUAUGCCUUCCGUACAUAACAAUUUAGUAUGCAAUUUGUAUGUAAUUUUGUGCCAAAAAUGAGGAAAUAGUUUGAUAUACUGUUUAUUACUAUAUUUAUUAAUUUGCUUGGUUUAUAGUGUCAUUGUGUGCAAUUGGUUGUAGGCUGUAAAGACCUUUGAAAAAACCUGAAAUCAUUUGGUGAAGUGAUGUUGUCAAGAUCUGCCUGGAACUAUUUUAGCUGUUUGUUUCCCUGAAAAUAAACGCACACCUUAGAAUGUUUGUCAGCCAAUCAGAAACAAGUAUUUAACAGUAGAAUAAGUUAAUAAUGAAUGCCUAACAUGUAAUUAGGGUCUUCUCUGGUUCAUUUUAAAGGCAGCAUUAGUAUUUGUCUGAUCAUGUGAUCUCAACCCACUACAUAUCAAAUAAAACCACUUUAAUUAUGACACUCUUCAUCCUUCAUUCUUCAAAAAUAUCAUUCAUUUCUGUAGAGCUGGACAUUUUAAUAAGGAUCAAAUGAGUGAGUUCAGCUUUGAGAAUGAAAAAAAUAAACCAACCUGUUUGUUCUUCAUUAUCUUCAUGUUUGACUCUGAAUGCUUCUUCAAUUUUCAUGUCUUCAUUCUCCUCUUUAAUAAACAUAAUUUUUAUUUAAUAACAGUGUGUCAUGUGGAUCUCAGCUACUUCACCUGUUGUUUUUCUGUGUGUUUGGAUACUGUCCUGUUUAUGAUGAGAAUAAUUAGAA